AUGAACUACGACCAUAAUCUGCCCAUUCGACCGCCCGAGAACUUCCCUGAAGUAGUGCAUGAACUACCGCAAACCUCUAUAGAUCAAGGUCAACAAUCAUCAUUACCGCAUGGUUUCAGUAAUAAAGAAGUAUCCCCACAAGUAGGCGAAGGCAAAGAAUUGAAGCCAGCGGAGAACAGCCGACCCGAAGAAAAGAUAUGGUCUCCUCCUCCCCCGGUACUUGAGGAGGGAGCAGCCUCCCCUCCGCCGAAGAAAUGGUGGAAGACGCGCAAGGGAAUAUUAAUUCUCGUCGCCAUCGGUCUAGUCGUCGUAGCGAUAGUCCUCGGAGUCACUUUAGGAGUUGUACUGGGCGGAAAGAGUAACUCAACAGGAAACUCCAGUCCAAGCAAGGCCACAGCGACAGCAACCACGACCACAACGCCAAACAACUCUGGUUCUGUUUGCCGCUUGACGGUAUGCCCUUCCAUGAUCGCUGUGGUUCAAGACUCCUCUCCAUCUGCGUCCGCAGACUCAAAGCUUUUUUUCGGUCUUGGUUCCGACAGCGCGGUAUGGUAUCGGCAGUGGGACGGCUCCAACUGGCGGAAUCAGUGGACGAGUCUUGGUGGCCAAUUUGCCAGCCAGCCUGCUGCCGUGACAUUUGAGAGCGAGCAAACGAAUGUAUGGGUUAUAGACAAGAGUUAUGGCCUCUCCGCGAUGGCUUACAAGAACGGUACGUGGGAUUCCUCAUGGCUCGGUCUCGGGGGGUUCGCAACAUCGCCGCCAACAAGCUGCUCCCACGACUCAGGCGUGCUGGACGUCUUUGUGCGCGGCUCUACAAUGGCCCUCCACCAGAUGAACUGGAACACAACAUCAUUUAUGUAUUCCGGGUGGCAACCAUUGGGACUUUACUUAUCAAGCUCGCCAAUGGUCACCUGCUCGCCCGGCCGGAUGGAUGUCGUUGUCUAUGGCGGUGGGUCUAAUGCGCCGCAUGAUCUCUGGGUUGAAAGAUGGGAUAAUUCGACUUGGCAAAGCUGGAAAGGCGAGGCAGGGAGCUUCAAGGGUGACCCUGUUGCCAUAUCCUCAAAUUCUAACAGGAGUGACUAUUUUGGCGUUAGCCCUGAUGGCUCCAUGUAUCAUCUAUUGUGGACGACCGCGGGUGGAUAUGGGAAUUGGGAAAAUAUAGGAGGAGCAUUUGAAUCGAUUCCAAGUGCAUUGGUGGUCUCAGACUCUCGCGUCGAUGUGGUUGCGGUGGGAACGGAUGACCGCUUGAAACAUAGGGCACUCAUUGACUCCAGUUGGAGUACGGACUGGGACGACCUCGGGGGCAGCUUUAAUAGUGCCCCCGUGGUCGUUCUUGGUUCUUCAGGCAAGGUGAGUGUGUUUGGUUUGAACAGCAAAGGGGAGAUGUUCCACGGAACUUGGACCAUCGUCAACAACAAUAGGGCGUGGAGUGGAGACCCUGCAUGGACGAGUGAUGGCGGUACAUUUUCCCUGCAAUGGUUCAGGCCGGGGACAAUGAAUUCGUAG